UCGUCACGCAGCCCGGCGCGACGCGCCCGCACCAUGGCCGGCACCAUCAACAUACACCCGCUGUUCGCCGCGGGAUACUCCUUCCAAGGUCAGGGUCGCGUGAACCAGCUGGGCGGGGUGUUCAUCAACGGGCGGCCGCUGCCCAACCACAUCCGGCUGAAGAUCGUCGAGAUGGCGGCGGCCGGCGUGCGGCCGUGCGUCAUCUCCCGCCAGCUGCGAGUGUCGCACGGCUGCGUCUCCAAGAUCCUCAACCGCUACCAGGAGACCGGCUCCAUACGGCCCGGCGUCAUCGGCGGCUCCAAGCCGCGCGUCGCCACGCCGGAGAUCGAGGCGCGCAUUGAAGAGUACAAGAAGGCGAACCCGGGUAUCUUCAGUUGGGAGAUCCGCGACCGUCUCAUAAAGGAAGGUGUGUGCGACGCCAAUACUGCCCCGUCGGCAUCGGCCAUUAGCAGGCUGCUGCGGGGUGCCCGAAGAGAACUCGACCCCGACAAGAAGGACUACACGAUCGACGGCAUCCUGGGCGGGCGGUGUGAUUCGGACACGGAGUCCGAGCCGGGCAUCCCACUGAAGCGCAAGCAGCGGAGGUCGCGGACCACGUUCUCCGGAGACCAGCUGGAGACGCUGGAGCGCGCCUUCCAGCGCACGCAGUACCCAGACGUCUACACUCGCGAGGAGCUCGCCCGCAGGACCGGGCUCUCGGAGGCGCGCAUACAGGUGUGGUUUAGCAACAGACGAGCUCGCUGGCGCAAGCACUGCGGCGCUUCCCAGCAGAUGGCGUUCGGAGCUCUGCAGUUGGCCGGCGGUCACAGCGUCUCCGAUGUAGCGGCUACAGCUGCAAGCAUGCAGGCGUCACAGGGAGCUCAUAUGGCUGGAUGUGUGAGCUCUAGCUGGAUGAGACCAACUGCAGGCUACCAGACCCAAUCCAGCUUCCUGCCCAGCUGCCAGCAGCAAACAUCAGAUCAGUUCGAUUACCAGCAGGUAGCAGCUGACAUGUGGGGAUCAAGGAUGUCUGGUGAACAACAGUGGACUCAUCAUUUUGGCCUUGACAGCUAUGGGGAUGCUUAUUCUGCUGGAGCACAGAAUAUGAGUUCCACUCUCAUGCAACAAACUAAUACAGUGCCACAGCUUGUUGGUGCAAAUGUUUCAUAUAGGAACUAUGAAUGUAAACCAGCUUUGCCACAGGGUGCUGCAAGUCAUUUCUGA